CACACACACACACUCUGUAUUUCUCGUGCAACUAACGAAGCGCAACUGUACAACUCACAUUAGCUCUUUGUUCUACUCAGGAGGAAGCAGCCUAACCCAGACCCAGUGAGAUAUAACCUUAAUACAACAUGUCAGAUAACUCCCAAUUUGACACCGAUGUGUGGACCCUGACUCGGUUCGUCAUGGAGACGGGUCGUCAUGUCAAGGGGGCGACAGGAGAACUGACCCAGCUCAUAAACUCCAUGCUCACUGCCAUCAAAGCCAUCUCAUGUGCUGUGCGUAAGGCCGGGCUCGCACACUUACAGGGCAUUGCGGGGACGGUGAACACGACUGGGGAUGACCAGAAGAAGCUGGAUGUUCUUUCUAAUGACCUGGUCAUCAACAUGCUGAAGUCCUCCUAUGGUACCUGCUGCCUUGUCUCAGAGGAGAACGAGCAUGUGAUCAUCACCCCAAAGGAGAAGAGGGGUAAAUAUGUGGUGUGUUUUGAUCCUCUCGAUGGGUCUUCUAACAUCGACUGUCUGGCAUCUAUAGGAACCAUCUUCGCCAUCUACAAAAGGCUUGAUGAGAAUUCAACUGAAGAUGCCACAGAGAAGGAUGCGUUGCAGCCUGGAAACAAGAUUGUUGCUGCUGGAUACGCCCUCUAUGGUAGCGCUACCUUGGUGGCCCUUUCUACUGGGCAGGGAGUGAACUUCUUCAUGCUAGACCCAGCAAUUGGAGAGUUCAUUCUGACAGAGAGAAACGUGAAGAUCAAGCCCAAAGGAAAGAUCUACAGUCUAAACGAAGGAUAUGCCAAAUACUUCCACCCCUCCAUCAACGAGUACCUGAAGCACAAGAAAUUCCCUGAGGAUGGUAGCUCCCCAUAUGGAGCCAGGUAUGUAGGGUCCAUGGUUUCAGAUGUCCACCGUACCAUUGCUUAUGGAGGGAUCUUCAUGUACCCCGCUAAUGAGAAGAGUCCAAAAGGAAAGCUACGUCUGCUGUAUGAAUGCAACCCCAUUGCCUUCCUGAUAGAACAGUGUGGAGGUCUGGCCACAACAGGGGAGGGGCGUGUCCUUGAUGUGGUUCCAACCAGCAUCCACCAAAGAGUUCCAUUUAUUGUUGGUUCCCCUGAUGAUGUUAACGAGUUCCUCAGCUUCAUCAAGAAGCACAAGUAGAACACACUACACAAGACAACAGGAAACAAAACAACAACAAAUAAAAGAGAAAUACCAAAAGAACUAUCUGUGUGUCAAU